CAGCGGAGAAAGGCGAAGGAGAAAAUUCUCGCGACGUCUGCCAUCAAGGAAAGAACUCGGAAAAGGGAUUGGAUUUUUCACGCGUAAAAUUUCCUGUGCUACCAGUAACCGCAGCAGCCCAAAAGUAGUGCAAAGUGUGCCCCAGAUCCGGAACUUCCGGUGGCAAGUGGAUUCGUUCGGUGUCGCGUGCGGCCAGCUAGAUUUUUCUCUCGGUUUUUGUUGGUUUCGAUCCGUGCCGUGGGGUUCGUGAGUUUCGUUGUUUCGCAAAGUCGUGUCGAGUCGAGUCAAGUGUGAGUGGGUCGCCUGGUGGCAGGAGAAAAAUGUGAAGAGGAUACGUCGACGGUGCAAAUUUUCAAUUUCGAACAGGAAGUGACUACUAUUUCUAGCUUUUUCUAAGAGUGUCAAGUGAAGAGUGCGAGUGUUUGAAAAAAAAGUGCUGUGCGAGGAGGGGCGUCAUUUUCCCUCUUGGCUUCAUAGUCGCCUACUUCCGACUGGUGAAGCAGCCAGACGCAGCAGCAGCAACAGCAGUAGGCAAUGGCCAACGGUGGUGGUGCCGCCGAUGACCAAUGGCUGAAAGAGGAUGGCUACCUGAAUGUGGAUACCGAAUCGGUUCGGAUCGUUUAUCAUCCGUUCCUGAAUGUGAUCCUGGUGUUUACCCGGGCCGGCGAGGUUAAAGUGCUCGACGUGAACUCCGGGGUGAUCCUGCAGAGCUAUCGCGUUUCCGAAAAUCUCCCGGCACAAUGUCGCUACCUGCCCGACCAGGACAAAAUCCUGUUCUGGAACGGCCGAAACGUGUCGCUGCGGGGCGACUAUAACGGUGUCCUGCUGCUGGACACCAUCCUCCAGGCGCCUGUUUCACAAGCGGACGACAUCAUCCGGAUAGAGCUGCUCCUAUCGGAAGCGGUACUGUUCCUGCAGUGCCUACAGAAUCUUGAACAGCAUGGACUGGAAAACACGGCAGACGUUAUCAACGAGCUGACGUUGAAAGUCGGCGAAGCCCAGCAGCAUGCCAAGCGGGGCAUCAAAGCGCAGAAGUGGGAAACGAUCUGUUUGGAGCUGUCCCAUUCGUCGCUCCGGAUGGUGGCCGGCGAAAUGGUGAUGCAGCUGAAGCGACUCGAUCGCCACAUUCCAGCGCUGGCGAUUGCCUCGGCCAUCAACGAACGGUUGACGGAUCUGCUCGAGGGCGCCCGUGUCACGGAACCAUCGGCCCUGAAUCGUUUCUACAUGUUCUCGGAAGCGACCCGGCGGCAAACGUUCGAGGGUUGGCCCCACAUGGACUACAAGUGGGUGCUGCCGGAUCAGAUGGCCCAGGCCGGGUUCUAUCACUUUCCGGGAGACAAUGGGAAUGACGAUCGGGCGAUGUGUUUUACGUGCAACGUGUGCCUGGUAUGCUGGGAAAAAACCGACGAACCGUGGAGUGAACACGAGCGACACUCGCCAGAGUGUCCGUUCGUGAAGGGAGAAUUUACUCAGAAUGUACCGCUUUCGGUGACCUAUGCCACGAGUCCGGCAGUAUCUACCGAAGGAUUCUCCAUUAUAUCGUCUGGGGAUCGGGGAAAUGUGUUCUGCACUGGAAUUCCUUCAGCGGAUGUUACCGUGUGGAACGUAGAGCGUCAGCUUGUCAAAGUCUUCAACUUCAAAGUGCAGCUCCAUCCGGACAUUCUUACGACCACUACGAUUAGUUGUAACGCUGUUGUAAACAACAUAGAACUGACUGCUCUUUCGACGUACUACUUGAAGCAUGCAGGAGUGGUUAACAAAUCUAAGGUAGCAUCGCUUUCACUGAAGCCGAAAAUGCUUGGAACCAAAAUUGUAUGUGGAAUUCGAGUUAAUAGCACCGAGCCGGAAGUCGACAAGGACGAGACAGAAACCACUUUGCUGCUGAUUGUCUACAACGUAGAAGAGUCAGCGACGUCUGGAGAUGAGGUUGCGGAACCAAAAUUUCGAAUGAAUCCGGUCUCCAGUAUAACUGUCAUUCCACCGAAAAAAUCUUCUCUGAGCACCAUUGACGAAAAGUACGAAGAUGACUUUAUCAAGUUCCUAUCCGGUAACACCGAGUCCCAGCUGUUGGAAUCGAUUGAUAAACUCAUCCACCUGGAUACACUGAAAAAGGACGAUGCUGCGCUCUGCCAGCAGUUCGGUGCCAAGUUGGACGACACGUUACGCAAACUGAUGGAAGCUUCCGGUUCACCGUCGGUGGGUUCCCUUGACAAGCUGACUCCGGAUGAUUCCCCAUCAAACCCACCGCCGAUGGGUCUCUUGGAGCCGGCAGUCAAGGGAUCCAGCAGCAUUUUAUCACUUCCACCAACUCCACCGUCGUCUGUUAUUGGCAGUGGCAGCAGUGCCAGCAAUUCGUCAACCCAGCUGACCUCGGUGAAGUCAUCGACGCAAGCGGAUAGUGCCACCAGCAUCAGUAGCACCGUGGGCAGCAGUAACACGAACGUAUCGUCGACUCUGUCCACGGCUGCCAGCAGCGUAGCAUCCUGUAACUCCCGAGCAGAGCCCAAUCACGGCAUCACCUGCAUCCCGCUGCAGUACAUCGAAAUCCCGGCGAUGUACGCCGAAUCGCACGAUAACUACCGGAUCGCUGAAGUUAUUCCGUCGAGUGAUAACAAGUAUUUGUUGGUGGUACUGCGGUUAAAUCCAAAAUCACCGGCUGAAGAUAAGCAAGAACUGUCGAAUGAAGUGGCGAUUGAGAAGGAAGCGGCGGAGAAAACAGAUGAAGGGGAGAAGGCCGAACAGGAAGAAGAAAUUCCGGAGGAGAUCGAAGAGGAGGAAUGGAAAACGAUAUUGUAUCUGUACCAUCUGAACGAAGAGGGCUUAGUGAAACCGGAUGAUCCGUCGGUUAAGCUGUUGUCAGAUGAGGAGACCCCAGUUGAAAUCGUGAUGCUACCAAAGUGUGACAGUAGUGGUCGAAGUUUCGGAGGUCCCGAUACCGAGAACGGAAUUUUCGUGAUGACGUGUGAGGACGGGAAGCUGCGAAUACUCUCGCUGAAGACGUUGGGUAUUGUUUCGGAAGCCAGCGUAAAGGACGACCGCUUUGUAUCGGCGACGUAUUGCAAAAGUUUGGAACGGUUGUGUGGCUGUACGGUUAAAGGUUGUCUACAUUUCUACUCGUUCUACGAUUUGGACGCGGAUUCGAGUGACGAGCGGGAUGACGAUAUGGCUACCAUGAUUGGUAACGGUAGCAAGACCGCAACCGGAUCCGAUCGAUCACAAUACGCGGAAGUAGACGGCGCAACUUCCAGCACGGCCGCCAAUCUGCUGAAAUACGAUGCAACGCCCUCAACGUCGUCGUCACCUCCGCAGAUGCCUACUGCCGCAGUUGGGGCAGGUCAGGUAUUGGGCGAGAAUCAUCUGGCAGAUAUCCUGUUGGCUUACAAGCCGGAGCUUACACUUCCGACCCUGAAAGUACUAUAUUCGUUGACCCUGUUCAACGAAAUGCUGACUCCGUACUCGGCAGAAGUUCCCGGCUGUUGGAGCGAGUUGGAACAGGCACAGAAACAGCGACGUCAUCCGCAACAUCUUCGACCCGGGGAUGACACCCAUCUGACCAAGACAUGGAGGCUACAUAACGAUGCUACCACCUGGGACGAACAUCUCAUCGAGCUGAACCUGCCAAAGUGCACUUCGUUGGGUCACAUCGAUUUCAAGUUUUCUCUUUAUCAACCUUGCACCAACCCACCGGCCAUUCAAGUCACGCUGCUGAAACAAAAGUCUAUUGGGCUUUGCUCACGGCGCAAAACCCAGUCGAUCAAUCGCGUCGAUGAGUCGAUCAACUUCAAUAUCGGAUCUAGCGAUGGAAAAAAUUUUGUCGAAAAUCCCGUACUGAGCGAAGAGUAUCUCCAGGCAAGGAAUGCAGAGAUUCUGGUGGGCCCCAUAGAGCUGGCAACUUGCAUGGAUCUUAGUGAGCAGGCUGGUUCAGUGACGCUCACCAGCCCGAAGUUGCUGAAAUCUAAGGGCCGAAACUAUUUGCUUCACAUCAAAACAAUGACGGACCUGUCCAAAGAUGGCCAGGCGAAAACGAGAGUUCCAGUGCGUAAGAAGGGCAUAACCAGUAUCCUGCUAACAUCAUUCGCAAAUAUUUCGCAACAAAACCACAAUACUGCCUCGACGACCAACAACAACAACCACGCAACGGCCGGGGCCGGCGGUUCAGCGGGCAAGGACGGCGUCAGCUUCUUUCCCGACUCCGCCACCGGUCUCAGCAGUAACAAGACGCGCAAAAAUGACUUUUACAUAGGCUGCGACUGGUUGAACGAAAUUUCCGUCACCGUCCGGUCGACGCGGCAGGUGUACAAAAUCGAGAACGAACGCGCCCAACGGUUGGCCAUGCUGGACUCCAACCUGCUGCUAAGGAACCUGCUCAAGCUGCUGUACAGCGCGGAGGAAACCAUCCAGCUGCACCAGAACGUCCUGUUCGACAUACUGAUCUGGAUCGUGUCGAUCCGCAUGGUGCGCUAUCGGUAUCCGAAGAAUCCGUUUGCCAAAAAGGUGGUGCCAUCGGCCGAGGUCAAAGAUGUCGCGUCCAGCGACAUCAACGUGCAGCAGUCGGAGUGCGUGCAGAUUGUGGAGCGCCACCUGGAGGAAAUCAUUCGCCACUGUGUGGUGAGGGGUAACCGGAGCAUUGCGCACAAGUGCGUCAAGUUUGUCAGCGUGGCUUUGGAUGGUGCCCAGAAUAUGAUCGUCAAGGACGUGUGCAAUUCGUUCGAAAAGUCACUGAAACAAGCGAUCAUCACCUGCCUGCCGGAGAUUGUCCACUCGAACCAUGCCGGUGCGCUACGUUGGUUUACGCUGCUCAUUUCGGGCACAUCCACGUGCGAUUCCCAUGGAUCCAUUUCGGAAAAGUGCAUUUCCAUACUGAAGGAUGUGGCCGGUGAAAUGCGGAAGCGAACCAAUCCCUACACGGCGCUGCUCCGGACGAGGUUUGGGCUGUAUGGUGCGCCGUUUGAGUCGGAAAUAUUCGACUCGCAACCGUUGGCGUCGAAGAGCACGAACGUGACGUAUACCUGCUCGAUCACGAAAACAACCGGAACCGGGGCGAACAAUCAGUCGAUCGAUUUGCGAUCGGUUUGCAUUGCGGAUGGAUCCGAGCUGAAGUUUCUUCCGUUGCAGCUGAGGAGGAGGGGAAUCGGGAAUCAUUUCAAGGGCUUGUUGGAAGUCGAACCGCUGCACUACGUGUGCAGUUCGACGUCGGAUGCAACGCGGCUGGAGAAUGUAGACGCCAGUAGUAUGCAAGCCACUAACAUCAUCGAUGAUUUCCUGAUGGAGAAUACUGCGCAAAACAAUAUUGAGCCGGUGCAGAAUCAUAUCAAGUUGGACGAGAAAGAGAAUCUGGAUGACGACAUGAUGAACAACGUGAAAAACAUUCUGGUGGAUAAGAUCUUCUACUCGGCGUUGAAGAAGCACAAGAUGAAGGAUGAUUACAAUGAAGCGAAAAAGUCGUCGGCUGAGGAAAUCGAUGCGCAGAAUGGGAAUUUCACUGAAAUAGAAGGAGGUUGGGGUCCGUCCGGCACUGAGCCCAGGAUGGUGUUUGUCGGAGGAAAUGUCAACAAUUCCUCGAUCAUUGAGGAAAAACCUCAGGCGUCCAUCGCUCUGAACAACAAAAUUCAGGAAUUCUUCGAGGACAGCAACGCCGACGAAAACGCCAAUGGGCUGCCGUGGCACAAACUGCUCAGCACGCCCCCGAAACAGAUGAUCGUCGUGGAACGAAUGCACUCCGGAGCGAUGCGUUACAUAACCCUGGACUUUGGCGCACCAAUUAUGCUGACUGAUUUGAUCAUUCCGGCCUGUUCGGAUUUGGCUUCGCUCUUCAUCGACAUCUGGUGCUUCGAGGAGGAGGCCGACAGUGUUCGGCUGGUGGUUUCCCAGGACAUUGGCUCACGGACUCUGGUCCUGAGCGAUCUCCAACCUCCACCCAUAUGUCGGUAUCUGAAGAUCACCAUAACCGGUCGAUACGGAAUGUCCGCAACCCGCUGUCGCAUUCCCAUGGGAUCAUUCUACGGGCAUAUCGUUAUCCUUGAUCGGGAAGGCUACGCCGAUCCCGUUAUGAAGUAUCUGAAAAACAAAAAGAACAAUCUGCCAGCUCAGGUCAAAAUUCUCAAAGCCCUGUACGAAGACGUUCACUGCCGAUACUGUCUGUCUAGCAGUAAGCUCAUGGAUUUGCUACAACCGCUGAUCAACAGCGAAUCUUCCAACAUAGCCCAUAUGCAAGCAUUCCUUAACAGAAUCAGGGAGAACAACGGAGACCAAGCCGGCUCCGGCAGCUCCAACUCGGCGUCCUUCCAAGACAACGCCAAAGUGUACGCUGUCUACGAAGAAUGCAUGGCUUUCCAGCAUCAGCUCAACGUCAUCAAACGGGUAAUCGACCGUAUCAAACUUCCCGCCUCGGUACCCGACCCUCCCAAGCAACUCAAAUCCGGUCCGGACCUGUCAUCCAUCUACACCGACAAACUACGCGUCUUAAGCGAGUGCCUCAUCGAAACCCUCCUGCACCUGAUCACCACCUAUGGCGUCCAGAACGUGGCCAACAUAUAUCCGUACUUCGACCUGGAGACGUGCAAUCUACUGUUCGACACCCUGGUCAUCAAUGGCGAUACCCACAUUCAGCUGGCUACCUGCUCGAUGCUGGUUCGUAUGUGCUGCUUCCAACCGUGGUGGGGUGAAUUCCUCGCCGACAAGUUCCUCAAGCUGUACUCGUCCCAGAACAGCCGGAUUUUCCCGCAGGAUCGGGUAUUUUUCCUGCUGACAUACCUCGGACGCAAGAGCAUUUCAAUGGGAAGCUGCCGAUCGAUCGUUAUCGAUGCCAUUCUGAAAAGUCUGGCAACUCUGCUUGCCCCGCUGUCGCAGAACAGCGCCAGUGGUUUGAAUAUUUGGUGCAACACGGACUUGAAUCUGCUGGGAUGGAUCCUGCUGUUCCUGUCGGUUUGCUUGGACGACGGAAUUGCCGAUGGAAAAAAGGACCAGAGCAACAUUCGGUGGGAUUUCAUGUCUGGCGAGACGGACAUGGUAAAGGCGCGGCUCAACAUGGGAAGCGGUGGGCUACGAACGUUGACCAGGACGUUCAAGAAACGGUUCCUGCAGAGUAAACACUACACUUCUAGUUUGACCGGCGGGGGCAACGGUAAUGCCGUUACCGAGAAGAUGUAUAUGAUAAACUCGGAACCGCUACAAACCCCGGCCAGCAAGCUGGAGAUAGCCUUGAAGCAACACGAGAAUCAACUGAAGAAGCUGCAGAACAGUGUCAAACAAUCGUUUGGGGAUUACUUCAACGAAAUCACCAAAGCUAAAUCGGUUAAAAUUCCCAGUGGAGAUGGAGCUUCGCGAAGUUCCCAGUCCGGUAGUAGCGGAAGUGGUUCGAAGGACAACAGCUCCGAAAGUAGUACCAACGACAACGAAACGGCUUUUGACAAGGGUCUGAAAUCGCUGAAAAUCGGUAACAUAAUCGUGGUGAUCCGAGGACUGAUCGGUUUGAUUCUGAGUAUGGACUUCACCUGCAAUAUGGACCUAUUCCUGAUCACCUGUAAAAUUAUCGCCCGACUUGUUCUGGCUUGUAGACCAGUGGUGCAGCUGUCCAAGAUCAUUACCACCAAUCAACUACUACAGCUGGUUCGGAUAGCGGUUUGGGAAAACCAACAGCAGCCGUGGGCCGUCCAUGCCAUCACCUGCCUACUCCAGGACGUCCUGGAAGCCGACAAAAACUACAAGGACGAUGAAAACGACUCUGGGAAUUCUUCCGGUGACGAGGCGACCACAUCGUCGGAAGCCGCGGGUACAUCGGCGGCCCGACCCCCGGUGCCGCCUGACACCGCCUUCAAACCGGUUCCGCACAGUGUUCAGGUUUCGAAGGACAUCAGCUACGCGGACGCGGUUAAAAAUCAGCUUCCCUCGCUGAUGGAGUGCGACGACGCCGACAUGGAAGACAUUCUGAUUCUGGACGAUAUUCUGGAACGGGAAAAGCGGGUCUUCAAGAAGGAUGCCAGCGCUACGGUUAGCAGCGGCAGGAACGGGAUGACCUUUUUGUACAAAACCGUAUCAUCGGCCAUGGAUGCCCGGCUGGAAACAGGACUGGACACCAACGUAGAGAUAACCCUACGAAGGCUAGCCAUGAAGGCAACAUUCAAUCUGAUUGCCAGCCUACCCCAAGUAACGGCAACGGAUCCACUAAACCCCACCCAAAUAGAGCUUACCGCCUGGCCGGAAUCGAUCGUCGAGGCGUGGUCCGGCGAAGAAUACCAGCAAGGCUUGGAGACCAACACCAUGCUGACGGAGGUGUUCGAUAACAUUCUUUGCGAUCUGCAUCUGGUCGAUUCCUGGUUGAACCUGGAGAAGAUCCUGCAGCUUUGGCUAACUCUCAAUGGGGAAACGCUUGAGCAGGUUCCCGGUAGCAGUGCCCCCGGGUUGAAUGCAUACUCGUUUCCGAAGAUACCGUUCGGGGAUCGCGCUGUACAUGGACUGUUGAAGGCGUUGGCCACACACCCGAACAUUAAACUGCGAGCGUGGUGCCUUGGGUUCCAGUGCUUGAUUCUUGCCUGCAAGCCGCACUUCGAGGCGGACUACAUCGAUUCCAAUUCGGCCACCAGCGACAAUCACUUCCGCAAGAUGGGCAAUCUGAUUGUCGGGGAUGAGAACUUCGAAAAAAUGCUGCUACGAUUCUUCUCCGGUGUUGAUCAGUCGAUUUCGUCGCUGGAUAGCAAUCGAUACGCUGGUCCGACGGUGUGCAAACUGGUGUUGGAAUUGUUCAUCUGGCUCGAGCUCAAGUGCAACGUGAAGGAAAAGUUGAAGGAAAUUCUGCUAAAGGUCAUCUUGCAUCUAGUGCAGUUUGGUGGUGCCAUUUCCAGCCAACAGGGUCCGAUUGACGCCCAAAGUCAGCUGAUUAAAGAGCUGCUGUCGUUUUCGUAUGACAAGAGCGAUCUCGGAGUGGCCAUGAGUAUCAUCGAGUGUGUCUCUCACUUGGUGUACAACAACAUUGUCAACGUGGAAAAACUGUACUGCUACCGUGCUUCAGAGAAUAGCCAUUCCAACAACAUGUACGCCACCCGAUUUGGCAGUUUGUUCGCGACCGUCCUGGGUCCGGAAAAUGCCCGCCAGUGCAAAACGGUAACCGAUAGUACACUUUUGAUCGAUCUGCUGAAACUGGCAUCGAUUCUUGUCAACACAAAGAAUCCACGCUCGGGAGACAGUGACAAUGCUGCAGCUUACGAAAACUCCACUCUUAAUGAUUUGAAUACUUCCAACGAAAGCCAAACGGACGAGAUCAAAGCCGAACAGCAAAACAUUGAACCCAGCAGACCAAAAACUCCGUGCUUCGCUGAUACGGUUCUCCAGCAUUCACCAACGAUGACCCGGCUGUUGAGCACCUUAUCGCACUGUUCGACUUCGUCGUUUGCCAUGUUAGUUGCCUCGUCCAUGUACUGUGCAUCCAUUAACGAUUCGAAGAGUAGUAGCCUGACCGAACCUCAAACCGUGGCCGAUGCCGUAUUCCAACUUCUGCUAUACAUCUGUCGAGCAGCUACCCAAACCGUCCUGGUAGUGAAACCCCUGUUCGAUUACAUAAACAAUGCUUCGAGUAUGCGGCACGCCAUGCCGAAGUUACACCUAUCCGAGCCGUUCCUUUGGUUCAUCCUGAAGGUUCUGGACAAUUCCUCGUCCAUUGCUAUAUUCACCGACAUGGGCGGAAUCAAGGUACUCUGCGAGAGCCUAGUACGAAGUAAUCGAGCCCUUAUCAAUACCCAACCGAGCUUGGUAUCGAUGAUUAUGCAACGGUUGUCCAAAUCCUCCAAUCUCCAAACGACCCUAUCGAGUUCGUCCAAGAAGAGUUCCAUGGCCGCCACGCGGAACGAAGACGGCCUCAUCAACUUCGCCCCGUACUGUACCAUUUCGUCCGAAAAUCAAACCGCCCAACCUGCCGACGUUCUGAUCCAAGCCCCGAUCGCAUCGCACCGGCGAGCGCGCAACCCGGCCUGGAGUUAUCUGUUCUACCCGAACGAAUCGCACGUGGAUCUGACGAUCACACUUCCGACAGCCGUUCUCCUGAAAGAAGUUCAACUUCAACCCCAUCUAUCCACGCUUGCCUCAUGCCCAUCGGCGGUUGCGAUAGAGAUUACACGUGACAGUAACCUGGGACCGAUUCCGAUCACCCAGCCGAUCUCCACCGUCGGGAUGACCUGCAUUCGAUUGAAGUUCGCCCAGCCGGAAAUCGCCACCAGCAUUAUCAUCCGGCUGUACAGGCCUCGCGAUGCCACCAACAUAGGCUUGACGCAAAUAUCGGUCCUUGGAACGACAACGUUCAGUGACGGAAACGGUGCUGGCUCUGCAGCUGGACCAAGUUGGGCUGCCGGAACGGCUCCGGCGACCAAAUCAGGAACAUCGGAUGGUACAAGUGACUUCUUCAACGAUGACGAUAAGGCCGCUAAAACCAGCCUCGGUUGGCUGCGGAUCUUGGCGCAGUGUUCCAGCGUGGUCAUGUACAACACUGAUCGGCAGCUGGCCAAUCGAGUGAUCAUGGCAGCAACCGAGGUUCCUGGAUUCUUGGAAGCUUGCUGUUCCUUGUUGAACAUUGCUCCACUUUGUCCGAACAUCGCUCUGAACAAUCUGGAAACCGUACUGCUCAAAAUAGGACUCUCCAGCAGAGAAUGUGGUUUGAAUCUAAUCAAUAUCCUGCUAAAAGAAAGCAUCCCACAAACGUUCCAGCUGUGCAAUGACUCAAUAUCGGACCUUCUGUAUCAUCUCUGCACGACCCAGAACGAGUACACGGGUGAUCGAGUGGAAGCGAUGCUGACGUGGGUUCAGCGGCUCUACGAGCGCUACCACCAGAACCAGGUGAACCGAUUUGUACUGCACGCCACCAAUCCGUACAGCGGAUUCAUCCGAUGUCUGUCAUCGAUCCUGUGGCAAUCGUACGCAACCGAUCUGAUCCCGGAUCUCCCAAACAUGAUCACCAAGGAACUGUUCGAAACCCUCUACGAUUGGAACCAGGAGUUAGAACAUGACGAACCAUUGAAGAAGGCCAUCGAUGCCAUGCUGUGUUCGGUGUGCUGCAUCCGACCCGAGUUGUUCACAAUGUUGCUGAAGCGCAUGGGCGUACUGGUGCCGAAUUUGUCCACUGAUCUGACCGCAUCGAUCUCCGACGAUCGCAAGGAUGGCGAAUGUAUCACGGACGAUAUCAAACAGGAGGAAUCGGAUGCCGCAGAAUGGUACAGCCAUCUGGUGAUUGAGGAUAUAAGUCGGUUGAACCUUUCCAAGGCGCACUUGGCUACCAUUUCGAUGGCCUGUCAGUCACCGCUGGCCGUGCAACAGCUGAUCGAUUCCGGGUUGCCAAAUCUGUUGACAUCGGUCAUUUUGGAAUUCUGUCAUCGCACGUUGAACAGUAUCAAUCAGCAUCAAAAGCAAUCGGCGGACGUAGCCAGUGGCCAGAGUGUUGAGCGAGAUAAUCGCGAGGUCUUCGAAGAGGAACAAGCCGCAGCUGCCGCUGCUGCCUCAGUUGAUGGUGUCUCGGAUGAAUCCGGCUCUUGCAUGACCGACGCCGAUAAGGAACACCAUAAAUAUUCCGGCUCCUGCUCCAGGGAUGUCGUUUACCCCAUGGUCAACGUUCAGAAGGUAACUGAAAUACUGGGAUUCUUCUCGGAGGUCUGUUCCGAAGGUCACAUGCGCGACUGGUUGGGCUGUUUCGAAGGUUCGAUCUUUUGGGAACCGUUACUCUUGCUGCUGUGCAAUAACAAACUAGCGAAUAUCUCUUCGGAAGUGACACCCCAAGCGUGCCUCGAUCUGGAAGAAUGCCUUAUCAAGUUCCUGUCCAAAGUUACUGUGUGUCAUCCGAAGAAUCAGGAAGUUUUCACGCUGAACCUGAUUUCCGUGAUUAGAAAGUCCGAUUCGUCCGUGAAUGUUGGCAACACUGUCAAUGGUGGUAGCGCAAACCUAACUGGGCUUAACAACCGAAUGAACAGCACUGGUAAAUCGUGCAUAUCCGGUUUCACAAGGCGGUUGGUGUUGCAAAUCCUGCUGGAAAGCGAGAAAAUCAUGGUCGCCGUUCAGAGCGAGCUUCCUCUCCAGAACAAGGACCCGAAUCCGUACAACUUGAGCAACCACCCGUCGAAGCGACCAAACACCCACUUCAGGCUGUUCUACCUGAGUACAAACUCCAAGUGCCAGGAUAUUCUGGACCACUGCGUCACCGCGUACAAUAGGAUCAUUCCGAACCUCGGAUCAUCGGACAGUCGGAUGAGUGAGGCACUGAUUGGGGCAUCCAACUCUGGUGGCAGUGCGACUAUUGCAGGAGCGGCUGGCAGUAGCGACAAUCGAAAGGAACUUUGGGAGAUGGGACUUGGAAUGGAAUUUCUCAGUGUGGCCGCUGGAGUGACGGCCAAGGACAAACGACUGAAGGAGGCCAAGAAUCAGGCCACCACCAUGAAGCAGAAGGACAUCCUGUCAAUGUUCAAAAUGAAAAUUGAUGACCCUAAGCUUACCGCGCCGGAUGGAGUAAUCCUGCGGCAUACGGCCAUUCCAAACGGAGUGAUUACAAGUGAUACCACCAUCUCGCAGGUUCUUGCCAUGUUGAAAUCAUCAGGAAUUUCACUUUCCACACCAUGUAUAAAUCUCAAUCUGAGCCUUGCCAAAAACAAACCAGACGUAGAUCUGACCUGCGAAGCUAGCAGUUCUUCGUCCUCUUCGCCGAUCCUCAAGGCAGCCGAUUGCAUCCCACUGUCCUCGCCGCUGCAAAUAUUCUCCAGCCGUGGUGGUCUUUCGCUGCUGGCGCACUACCUGCCCAUGGUAUAUCCAGAAUCGCCCAAAUCUCAGCAGCAACUCGGCGACAAAGACAAGAGUCCGCCCGGUGGUGAUUGGGUCAAGGUUGAGCAAAACGAGGAAAUCUACGAAGACCUGGAUGACAUCCUAGCGGACGCCUCCCCCAAAACGCAAGCCAUUUCUGCCGUUCCGCAGCAUUCUUUAGCGGCGUUUGCGUUGUUCCUGAAGUUACCCGCCUACUCGGAGGUCCUCCUGCGGGACAAGGUGCGAGCGCAGUGCCUGCUGCGACUGAUACUGGGCGUUACCGGAGAUGGCGAAGGCAACGAGAUCUACAGUUUGGCCCUCUCAUCGUCACUGCCAACGCUACCCUUUGAAGUGUUCCGACAACUGCUCGACAGUUCACCACUGACCACGGACGACGGAGUGCUGCUCCGGAGGAUGGUCAUCGAAGUCGGGGCGAUCCAUCUGGUACUGAACUGCUUGAGCAUUUUCACUCACCAUAACAACGCCGGAGUGAGCAGCAAUUCCAACUCAUCGGAUAAUAUUCAAGCCGCUGCCAGCAACAAGGCUACAAAUGGUGCCACUGCCAAUGGUACGGCGACAGCAACAACGACGACGGCAGCAGCAGCCGAUGAUCAACUCAACUCGGACGACAAAAGCCAUAUGUACUGGGCGAAAGGAACGGGCUUUGGUACGGGAUCGACGCAACAGUCCUGGAAUGUGGAGCAAGCUCUACUGCGGCAGAAGAGCGAAGAGGAACAUGUCACUGUGUUGCUUCAGGUACUUUCAAGUUACAUUAAUCCCGGAGACAAGGUUCCUUCCAACUUGGAUAGCGAAGUACUAAGCUAUCGCGAAUGCAGCGAAACGCUUCCGGAAUUGCCACCAAUCUUCCUAGAUCUGCUGCAACAGUCCUGCAUGAUUCCGGCGCUUAGUUCCUACUUGAGAAACGAUUCCGUUUUGGACAUCACGCGUCACAUUCCGCUGUACCGAGCGAUUCUGCAGCUGCUGAGGGCCAUUUCACUUUCGAAUCAGCUCGUAUCGUUGCUGGUCAAUAAGAACAAUGAAGGCAAGAUUUCGAUCGCAGCCCUGUUGGCCAACAUGAAGGCCUGCGUGGACACCUAUGCGAGUCGUUUGAAGGUUAACAAAAAGUCCAAUCUCAAGGGGCAAACGCAGAAGAUAACGGUUAGCUUGGAUGACGGAGACGACGAAGGGCUGGCACUGUUGAUUCCGGACAUCCAGGAGACGUCCAUGCUGGUCCAGAACGCCACCAACGUGGAAACGCUAACGGUGGAGGAGGAACAGAAGGAAGUCGUUUCGCGCCCGAUGGCCAAAUCGGUCGAGGAGAAGUAUAUGGAACUGAUGAAGGCGUUGCAGUUCGACACCUUCGAAAUGAUUGCGGAAACGGAGAACGGCUACCGUUUUACCAUUUCGCACCAUUUCGAGACGAACGUGCGCAUGGCCGGCGACCGGGGCCAUCCGGGUCGGGUGAAACGGCUGGCACAGGAGACGGUCACCCUGUCCACCAGUUUGCCACUGUCCUACAGUAGUUCCGUGUUUGUGCGCUGUGAUACCGAUAGGUUAGAUAUAAUGAAAGUAUUAAUCACCGGACCGGCGGAGACGCCGUACGCGAACGGUUGCUUCGAGUUCGACGUGUACUUCCCGCCGGACUAUCCAAACUCGCCGAUGAUGAUCAACUUGGAAACGACCGGCCGAAACACAGUCCGCUUCAAUCCCAAUUUGUACAACGACGGUAAGGUGUGCUUAUCGGUGCUGAACACGUGGCAUGGGCGACCCGAGGAGAAGUGGAAUGCGCAUACGUCGAGUUUCCUGCAGGUACUAGUCUCAAUUCAAAGUCUCAUCCUAGUUCCGGAGCCAUACUUUAACGAGCCAGGAUUCGAGCGAAGCCGUGGUACGCCGAGUGGGACGCACAGCUCUCGGGAGUACAACAGUAACAUCUACCAGGCGUGUGUGCGAUACGCUAUGCUGGAGCAGUUGAAGAAUCCUUGCCCGUGCUUCAAAGAGGUCAUCCACACGCACUUCUGGUUGAAGCGGAACGAAAUCUGUGCACAAAUCGAAGACUGGAUAGCGGAGCUGAGCAAACCGCUGCAGAACGAGCGUACCGGCCGUACGAUAUCAUUCAACGCGAUGGUACUCCGGCGGCAGUAUCGACAGCUUCGCGAGGAGUUCGCCAAGCUGAAGCCUCCGGAAGGCCUUGAAGAGGCGGACUACCCCUUCGUGACGGGCAUCACGCCGACAACACCGUCGACCCAGGUUGUCGUUGGUGGUGGUUCUGGCAGUGGCGCACCGGUAGUUGAUGCAUCGACUCCAUCGCCCCCGGAAAAACCUUUGGCCACCUUGGAGGACGAAGACGAAAGCGAACUGCUCUUACAAUCCGGCGAGGAUGCAAUCGUGAUGGACGACGAAGACGAGAACGUUGAAGUCGUCGACGAAGUGAUCAUAAAGGCUGAUGUGGACGAUGUGGUUGUUGGUGGUGAGGGCAGUAGCAGCAGUAGCAGCAACGACAAGGGAACCAGCAUUCCGGACGACGGCCAGGAGGAAAAUCCGGACCUGUCGCCGGAGGAGAUUGUCCUUUCGAUGGUGUGGUAAGUUGUGGUACUUGUCCGUGUCCGAAUGCAUGUCAUCUUAGUCCUGGAGCAUCAGUGCAAAGACGAGAAGCCUUCUAUUGUUUAAGUUAAAACAGUAUGCGUGAGUACUGUGUUGGACAUUUUCUUGAGUUGCUUUCAAAACUCUAAAAAUAGAAGGCAGAAUUUUCGCAAGAGCAAAUUUAUAAAGACCGUAAACCUUAAGAAGGCAUCAUUUUUUUUUACAAAUUCUGAAUCAAAUUUACAAUGCAGUACAGACUUUAUUUUAUUUUUCGUCAGCCAUUGGCUGAUCGAAAUUAAAUUAAUGAAUCGUCUUUCAAUGUUUACUGUCUUUUAGAAAUCUGCCUUUGUAGUUAUUCUGCCAUUAUUUUUCGAUCUUCCAACAAAAGAUUAUUUUUCCGAUGGUUUUUCAGAUCAUAGACGCCAAAUUGUAGUUUCAAAAAACUGGAAGCAUAUGUUCGAGGCAAGAGCACUGAAUGAUGGAGGCUAGGAAUGAAGACAAAUCCUCCACUGGACAAAGAUUUUGUAGGUCCGCAAAACCGCUAAUCAAAAUCCACAUUAUAGCAAAUCAACAAAUCAAUAUUUAGGGAAAUCCUUCAUGUACUAGAGAACAGAGAAAAAAAAAACAAACCAUAGAAAACAGGACUUAGCAUUAUUCCCCGAAGACAGGAAAA